AUGGGCCCCCAAAAUGCUGCCGAGUUCUUCUACACCUCCGACGAGAAGUGGUACGGCGCCAGGUCGCCAGACAAUGACAUCCACGACUUGAGAUCAUUUGCUACGAACGCUGGCAAAGGAAACGUCUUCAUGUUUCUGUGGCAGCAAAUCCGAGUCAUCAACUGGUGCGAACGCAAAGCCCGCAAACCAAAGAAUGAAAUCGACUACGUCGAAUUGCUUGUGAUCAAGAACGGAUGCCAGGAUCCUGACCUGCUUGACCACGCCUGGCCUUGGCCCAAACACCACCGAAAUGACAAGGAUGUCGAAAAGAUGAGUUCCAUUCUGGCUCGAUGGGCGCAGAACACAGCUGGUGCGCUUGUGUCCGAGUUGGCGGCAGGAACGUACGAACCGCAGAGCUUGAAGUAUCGUGAUCCAGACCAGAUUUGGACACCAUCAUGGUCCGAUGCCAGCGGAGAGGAUCACGUCAACGUCAGUACAUCGAGACAGAACGCUUCUGCGGCACCUUCAGAUCCUCAGGCCGCCCAGCCAACAAACGAGCGCUCUGGACUUCCACCCAACUUCCGCCUUCUCCAACACUUCAGCAACCUCAACCACCUCCUGUACUGCCACAUCCAACACCACACACCUAGGGCGGAGCCAGAUUACCCGCAUUGGGGCUUGGAGGAGGGCCCGCAGUUGCGUCAGGGAGCAGUCGAGCUGCAAGGAAAUAAGGAGAAGAGACCGGAAAUGAAGGAGCGAGAAGUAUGGUUCCGAAAGAAGGAGGAAACCACGAACUUGGAAGCCACACCAUAUCAGCAGAAGUGGGAGAGCACUGAUGAAGAGCAGCGACCAAGUCCGCUUGGACGAUCUCAAGUUUCGUUUCAGCACAACAAUAUGAACUUGGAAGCCAGACCAUAUCAGCAGCAGUGGGAGAGCACCGGUGAAGAAGAGCAGCGCCCAAGUCCGCUUCGACGAUCUCGAGUUUCGUUUCAGCACAGCGACAUGAACAUGCCCCAACCGGGAGACUUUCCGCGCCCAAUGCAUGGACAGCCGUCACAGCCCAGGACAUCUGCCUCGACAUACUCAUCUUAUCCUGUCGAAGAUCAAGGACGAGCUCAUGCUCCGUCUCAGCAGCAUGAGAUCCCUCAGCCUGGCACGUUUCAGCACUCAUACCGCCAAGCCCCAACCGCAGAUCAACGAGCACAUGCUCAGCUCCAGACACAGAUUUGUGGGCUUUGGUGGGACAUGAGCAGGUGGUUGGAUGCCCAAGCAUUCAGGUCAUGGCUGAACGGGUAUCGGAAACCUUGCCAAAUGUAUGCUCAUACCUCUCCUGGACAUGAGACUGAUUGUCUACGGCAUGGCAUCUCGCAAGCCACAUCGCGGAAUAGGAAGCCCAAUCCACGUCAUGAUGAGGCGUAA